AUGUUGACUAGUGAACAUACAUUUAAUAAUGAUAUAAAAACAAAUUUAAAUAAAAAUACAUUUCAUGUAGAAUUCAACUAUCAUCAACAAUUAAAUUCAGAUAAUGAUGAAGAUUGUUCAUGUAAUACUUGUGAAUGUUCAAGUUGUACUGAUGAAGAUAAUUAUGAUGAAAAUAUCCUGACAUCAAAAAUCUUACCUAUAAAUGAUUCACAUAAUUAUUUAAAUGAAUAUAGUCGUUUAUCAAUUAACUCUAAUCGCCCAUCGAUCAGUUCGAUGAAAGAAUCAAAUAUGAAAAGCAUAUCAUCGGAAACAAAAGAUAUUAUUAAUAUUCCAGUUGAAUCCAUAUCAAUGAAACAAAUAAAUGAGCAGAUCGUUGAACAUCAACCUUCAUUAGCUGAACAAAAAUUAGAACAUUUUCCAUCGAUUGGAAAUCUUGAAACAGAUAAACAAAAAUUCUCGGAAAUAGAUUUUGAAUUUAUGUACAAUUUGAUUGAUCAAUCAUACACAAAAAUACCAAUUAUAUACAAUUCAAUAAAACAAACAAAAUUAGAUACAGAUUUUGUUUUAUCAGUUAAUAAUUAUUUAGAUCGAUUAAAAUCAAAUAUAUAUAAAGAUCUUAUUCGACGUGAGACAUUAUUACGUAAUGGAAAAAAUCAUACAAAAAAUUUAAUUUCACUUAUUCGUUGUAUAUGUAAAAUAUCUUAUGAACAAGCACUUGAAAUUACAAAUGAUUCAAUGACAUCAAAACGUGCGAUAGUUUAUACAAUGGCAGCUAUUGAUUAUAUUCUUCAAGGCAAUUUUCCACAAAAGUCGAUAUGUGCAAUUAAUUGGGAACGUUUACAAAUGUUACAAAAUUAUCGUUUAACACAUUUCAAUCAAUUAAUGAAACCAAUAAGUAUUAAUUUAGAAAUAAAUAAACAUUUUCUUUUACUCUUUGGUAAACCUUUAAUAUCAACAAUGAAAAAAUCUCAAUUACCUAUAACAUCAUUAUAUUCUAAUCGAACAGAUAAUGAAAUAAAUAAUAUCAAUGAAAUACAACAAAUAUUUAAAAAUUCUAUUGCAAAAAUUCUUCUUGAACAAUCUUAUAGCUCAAAAACUAAUUCCAUUAUCGAAGAUGAUAAAUUACCAUCAUAUCAAUCACAUUCACAACAAAUAAUAACACCAACUAUCGGAAUAACAUCAUCGACAUCAACAAAAUUAAUCAAUGUAGAUCUUAAUUCAAAGAAUAAAGAAUUAUCUCAGUCAUCAUCUAUACUUAAUGAAAAUCGAUCAAUGAUCGAAAAAUAUGAACAAGAUCAAGUGAAACCUGCAUUAUCUAUGCUUGAUCAACAAGAAAAUCCUAAAUUGAAUAGUAUUCCUGACACCUACACACAAUUUGUUGAACCUAUAUUAUUACCGCGUCAUCCAUCAUCAACAUCUUCAUCGACAAAACCAUUUCUAUUAUCUUCAUUAUCAGAUAAAUUUGAACAACGACAAAGAUUUUUGUCCUCUGAAUCAAAAUUAGUUUCUUUAGCACAGCAACAACUAUUAACAUCAAUCGAAUCGACACCCAAGCAAAAUCCAUCACCUACAUCCAUUUCUAUUCAUGCUGAUCAAUCUUUUUCUCCAAGUAAUAGUUCAUUGUCUCAUUCACAACCUUACACAAAUACGAUAAGUAAUGCAUCUACUCCAGUCAAACCUACUGAACAGAUAAACAGUUCGAAUGAAUCAAUACUUACAUCUAAACUAAUCAAUCAAAUCUCUGAAUCAUUAUCGAAUGGAUCAACUUCACUAAUGCUCAUCAAAUCGGAACAUCAAAAUAAUGCAGAACAAAUUCGAGAUGUAAAUGAUACAUCUUUAACUUUUUCAUCUCCUAAUAAACCAUUUAAAAAUGAUCAUAUCUCAUCUUCAGUACAUCAAUCUUUUUCUAAUAAAAGUAUAACAAUGAAUUCGAAAGCGAUAUUAGAUACAGAAGUUAAUGAACUAAUUAACUUCUUGCAAGAAUUCGCUUGUUCUUCAUUAUCAACUCAACAAGAAAACAAAACAUCACCAUUAUUAAAACUUCUCGAAUCUUGUUUAAAACAAAGUACUACUGAUCCGAAGUCAAUCAUUGAACAAGUACAAAAUAUUCAUCCUCAAUUAUCUCUUAGUGUAAAAGAUCCAUUAUUUCUUGCUGCAUUUACACGUGUUUUACGUAAAGAACUUCGAGAUGCAGAAAUUCUAAGAAAAAUAGAUUAUAAACAAUUAAAUGAAGAUUCACAAAAUAUUGAUCAUUUAUCAUUUGAAACAAGCAAUAUACUUAAAUUACCAAAUAUUGAUGUAUUUCUAAAAAAUAAAAAUACUCCUGCUGGAGAUAAUAUUGAUCAAAGUCGUGUUUUUAUUGAAGUUACACAUGAUCCAUCAAAAUGUACAACAAAUACUGAAUUUUCUGAUUAUCAAUAUUAUUCAUGUUCACAACUAUCACAACAACAUCAACGAUGCAAUGAUUAUAGUUCACCCGAAUCAAUGAAACCUAAAUCAAAAAAUACAAUAUUAUCUUCGACUGAAUCUAAUAAUCAACAAUCAUUACCAUCAUUAGAAUCGACUUGUCCUCUACAACGAUGGUAUUGGAUGUAUUCAAAUAAAUCUUCUUCAUGCAAAGAUUGUAUUAUAACACCUAAUUCAUUAUAUUGUGAACGAAAUUCAAUUGAUAGAAGCACUUAUGCAAUUACUGUUGAACAUAAUGAAGAAUUUCUAUAG